AUGGAAUCUGGACUAUUAGAUGACAGAAAGCAACCAGAUUAGUAGAAUAACAGAACUUCAUUUAACUCAAGUUACUCACUUGAGAUUUAAAUGGACAGAAACGAUAGCUAGGCAAAUUCUAGUAUAAACUACUCUUAGGACAUCCAGAACGCCUUCACACAGUGGAUCAUAGAGUAAAGAGACGAGAAUCUGAAAUUUAUCAGGUUCCAUAUAGUAGGCCUUACCCUCAUCUAGAUCAUUGUUUGGUUCUAAGAGCCUCUUAAUUCCUACAAGAUCUCAAAAAUUGAUAAAUACUUGGGAACCGCACUUUCAAUGAAUAGAGUCAUAAAAGAGCUAAAAAAGAUUGCUAUACUAGAACUUAUGAUUGAGAUUAUAAGUGUCUCCUGGAUAAUCUAUGGAGAGAUGAUCUUCUACUCAGAGAAUAAUACCUGCAACUGGGAGAACAGGCAUUCAUCCUCGUACAUAAUGAUGUUCUUGCUGCUCACCUUUGGAAUGAUUCUUAUCUUUAAGUGGGUUCUUAAGAUACUAGAGACAACAUGCAACAUACAAGAUGAUAACCCUAGCUUUACUACAAUGAUAACACCUAUUUAGCCAGAGAUAUUUAUCAUAAGCACAUCUCUCAACAACAGAAGAAUGAAUAUCGGGAUGCGUAGGAAUCUGCAAGGAAUUAUAAAGACUUUUUUCAAACUUAAGAAGACUACUCCUUCCCUUUUGAGUACCAACGAGCUACAAUGUGCAAUAUGUUUGGAUGACUUGAACUGUGAAAACCUUGCAGACAACUCCCUCAAGGCUCUUUCGCUACCCUGUGACCCAUUUAGAAGGCACGCAUUUCAUGAGAAAUGCUUGCAGUCCUGGCUUAAAUUUAAAGAGGAAUGUCCCCUUUGUAAGAAACAGAUUAUUCCGCAUAAAGUUUUAAAACGAGAAAUGCGUAACCCAGAGUCAGUCAGAUUCGAGCAUUUCUCUCCUUGA